AUGCUUUGGCGAACAAAGUCCAACCACAGCCAGGCCGAGGACCUGUCGCGCACCGCGUCCGCGUCCAACAAUGACCCUGCCGCCUCCGCCACCGCCGCCGCGGGCACAGCAUGGCUUGCGGGUCACUUAAAACACCUUACACCCGAGCAAGAAGAGAAGCUUGUCGAGUUCAAGAAGGUCUGUGCUGAGCGUGGGUACUAUACCGCCGCUGAGGGGGAGAAGCCCGCCAGCCAUGAUGAUGCGACCCUGCUACGCUUUUUGCGCGCUCGCAGGUUCGAUGUUGAGGGUGCGUGGGGUCAGUUCAAGGACACAGAGGAUUGGCGCAAGGAGAAUGCCAUCGAGUCAUUGUACGAGAACAUUGGCGUGGACUCCUACGAGGCGGCACGACGCAUGUACCCGCAAUGGACUGGUCGUCGUGAUCGACGUGGCAUCCCCAUCUACGUCUUCGAGAUCCGCCAUCUCAACUCUAAGGAAAUGGCCGCAUACAACUCUACCGUGAGCUCUGCUAUCCCUGAGACUCAUAAAUCGUCUUCUGUGCCAGCGCGCUUGCUCAACUUGUUCGCUUUGUAUGAGAACCUUCUUCACUUUACUAUGCCGCUCUGCACGGCACUGUCCCGGCCCAACCCCGAGACGCCUAUUGUGACCUCUACCAAUAUUGUGGACGUGAGUGGUGUUGGGUUGAAGCAGUUCUGGAACUUGAAGAGCCACAUGCAGGACGCUAGUGUGUUGGCUACGGCUCAUUAUCCUGAGACGCUGGAUCGCAUCUUUAUUGUUGGAGCCCCGGGUUUCUUCCCUACCGUUUGGGGCUGGAUCAAGCGCUGGUUCGACCCAGGAACCACCUCUAAGAUCUUCAUCCUGUCCGCCGCGGAGGUGCAGCCUACUCUCACUUCCUUCAUGGACCCCGCCAGCAUCCCGAAGCAGUACGGCGGCGAGUUGGAGUGGCAAUGGGGCGACAUGCCAAACUUGGACGAGCCCGCUAGCGAACUGCUGAAGGGCGCUCAGGUUCAAGAGGGCGACAAGAAGAGUCUUUUGAAGGGACCUAUGCUGUUCAAGGGCGAUCAGAUCGAGGUGUUGGGCACUGAAAAUGGCAAAGACCGCCGGAACACCAUCCCUGUCCCCACAGCGCAGCAGAAGCCUAUGUCAGAGGCCACCGAAAUUGCUGAUAAGCCUACCGAGUCUGCAAGCGACGCUGAAUCUACCCCCGUCCCGACGGAGAACGAGAAGGUAGCGGUCAACAUUGAUCAGGUUUCCGCCGAGGAGGCUCAGACUACCACCGCUGCGGCAUAG